AAAAAGACCUUUUGUAAGAAACGAGAGCACUUGCAUGGAAUGUCAGCCCGGCAGCUUCCUGUCUAGAGCUUCUGGGAAUGGCAAGAUGAGCGUCUACGUACGAUGAUGAUGGCAAAAAAGCAAGAUGCUCGGCCGACCUACAACCUGGUUGUGGUAGGUCUGUCCGGGACUGAGAAGGAGAAGGGGCAAUGUGGGGUGGGCAAGUCCUGCCUGUGCAACCGUUUUGUUCGCCCCAGUGCGGAUGACUUUUAUCUGGACCACACCUCUGUUCUGAGCACCAGCGACUUCGGAGGACGCGUGGUAAACAAUGACCACUUUUUGUUCUGGGGCGAGGCAGUACGGACGCUCGAGGAGGGCAUGGAAUGCCGGAUGCAUGUGGUGGAGCAAACCGAGUUUAUCGAUGACCAAACUUUCCAGCCGCACCGUAGUACAGCUCUACAGCCCUACAUCAAGAGGGCGGCGUCCACCAAACUGGCCUCUGCUGAAAAGCUCAUGUACUUUUGCACGGAUCAGCUGGGCCUGGAACAAGACUUUGAGCAGAAGCAAAUGCCUGAGGGCAAGCUUAUGGUGGAUGGGUUCCUUCUCUGUAUCGAUGUAAGCAGGGGCAUGAAUCGCAAUUUUGAUGACCAGACGAAGUUUGUUACCAACUUAUACAACCAGCUAGCUAAGACCAAGAAACCAGUUGUAUUGGUACUGACCAAGUGUGAUGAGGGAGUUGAGCGAUAUAUCAAAGAUUCCCAUACCUUUGCCCUAACCAAGAAGAACUUGCAGGUAGUAGAAACCUCUGCACGCUCAAAUGUCAAUGUUGACCUUGCCUUCCUAACCCUUGUGCAGUUGAUUGAUAAGAGUCGAGGGAAGCCCAAGAUUAUACCCUAUUUCGAAGCCCUUAAGCAGCAAAGUCAGCAGAUCGCCACCGCUAAAGAUCGCUAUGAAUGGCUCGUCAGUCGCAUCGUGAAGAACCAUAAUGAGACCUGGCCCAACAUUAACCGCAGAAUGCAGAGUUCCUUAGAGUACAGAGACUAUGUCUUCCUUGAGGGUACUUCCAAAGCCAAGAAGCUGUUUCAACAGCAUGUCCACAGACUCAAGCUGGAACACAUCGAGAAGAGACGCAAGAUCUAUCUCAGCACUCUCCCGCAGGCGCUGCGGUCCCUCGUGCCCGAUCUGGAUGAGAUCGACCACCUGAGUUGGUCAGGAGUGCAGAAGGUCCUCGAGACCAAACGUGAGUUCUCCCAGUGGUUUGUAGUGUUGGAUGACACGCCCUGGGAAGUCACGCCGCACAUUGACAACAUGGAUGACGACAGGAUCCCCCAGGACCUUUUAGAAACCCCCGCAGCUGAGGGGAUAUACGAGACUCACUUGGAGCAUCUGCGUAAUGAGCGAAAGCGAGCGGAGAUGCGCCGGGAGUUCAAGGAAAAGCUUGUGGCCUCGCCUUUUGUUACUCCUGGCAGACCCUGGGAAGAGGCUCGUAGUCUCAUCAUGAACGAGGAAUUCUACCAAUGGCUAGAGGAGCCGGAGUACCUUGAGAUCUACAAUAAACACCAGAAGGAAAUUAUUGACCAAGCCAAAGAGGACUUCCAAGAGCUUUUGCUGGAGUACUCUGAGCUGUUCUAUGAGCUCGAGGUAGAUGCCAAACCAAGCAAAGAAAAGAUGGGUGCCAUCCAGGAGGUCCUCGGAGAGGAACAGAGGUUCAAGGCCCUCCAGAAGCUCCAGGCGGAGAGGGAUGCUCUGGUUCUUAAACAUAUCCACUUUGUUUACCACCCCACCAAGGAGACCUGUCCUAAUAGUCCUCACUGUGUGGACAGCAAGAUUGAACAGGUCCUGGCUGCUCGAUUUCCGACACGGUAUUCCUUCUUUGAUGGCACCAUAAAGUCUCAGUUUGGAGAGGGAAAGGUAGACAGGAUAAACCUUGUAAUUCUAGGAAAAGAUGGACUUGCAAGAGAGUUAGCCAAUGAAAUCAGGGCACUGUGCACCAGUGACGACCGGUACGUGCUGGAUGGUAGAACGUAUGAACUGGCACUGCGGCCAAUAGAAGGCAAUGUGCGGCUACCAGUGAAUUCCUUUCAUACACCAACCUUUACCCCACAUGGCUGUCUCUGCCUUUAUAACUCCAAGGAAUCCUUGUCCUAUGUUGUAGAGAGCAUUGAAAAGCUUCGGGAAUCAACCUUGGGUCGAAGGGACAGCUUAGCUCAGUUACCCAUAUCUCUCUUACUAGUCACCAAACGUGGAGUUGGGUCAGUAGGGGACAUAGGUGGGGAAACAGCUCAUGGUCUAAUACUACAGGGACAGCAGGUGGCUAGCAGGCUGCAGUGCACUUACCUUGACCCAGCUUCUCCUGGUGCAGGCUAUGGCCGUAAUGUGAAUGAAAAACAAAUCAACCUGGUUUUAAAAGGCCUCUUGGAUACGCGCAGACCCUCCAUGAGUCUUGGUAGUAGCUCCCCUCCCUUGCCUUUGGAAACUUUUAGAGACUCUCAUUCUCAACAGAGCUCGGAGGCAGACUUUCGUAUCGUCAUGUGCCUCAUGUGUGGGGAUUCUUAUGAUGUAGACCAACUCUUAGCUCCGUUCCUGCUGCCCCAGCACUGCCGUCCUGCUUCCGGCCUGACUUGUGGUACGUCAGUGCUGUUGGAGCUCACAGUUGGUAGCCAGCGACAAAGCAUAGAACUCUCUAUAUUAUCAUAUCACUCAUCCUUUUCUCUGCGCAAGAGCAGGUUAGUGCAUGGAUACAUUGCAGUGUAUUCUGCUAAACGCAAGGCUUCCAUGGAAACCCUUUGCGCCUUCCUUUGUGAAGUGCAAGACAUUAUCCCCGUGCAGCUUCUGGCAGUUGGAGAAAGCCAGGCGGACUUAGUGGACUCUGAGAUUGCCCGGGAGCAGGUGAUCCAAGGUGAAGAGUUGGCCCACGAAAUCGAGGCACGUUUCAGCACCGUGGUGUGUGGACCUGGUGGGGUGGUGGGUGGCUUGCAUCGAAUAGAUCUCUUCCAACCCUUCUUCAAGGAGGUGAUGGAGAAGCGGACCAUCGUGGAGGCCACGCAUAUGUACGACAAUGUGGCGGAGGCCUGCAGCACCAAUGAAAAUGUCCAUUCCCCUCGCUGUGGGUCACCAAGUCCUAUCACUACCCUGCUGGACUCAGAGGAUGAUGUCGAGCCCUCGCCACCAUACCCCACCCUGAGGGAUGAUGGCACUUUGACCCAUGGGGGUGGCUACAAGCUACCUGACUUGGAGGGUAGUGAUACCUUCUCGGUAAUUUCAGAGAUUAGCACUUUUGAGAGCAAGCUGAACAACAAAGUCACGCCUCAAGUGCGCCCUAAGCACACAGUCACCUUUGACUUCCGAAAAUAUAACCUCAGCCCUUAUAUGGACUCGGGGGUUAAUCGUCGAUCACUACCUGCUGUGGCUUGGCCCCCUGGAAACGAUGGUGGUUAUGAUCCUUCAGACUAUGCUGAACCCAUGGAUGCUGUAGCUAAGCCCCGUCCAACAGAGGAGGAAAAUAUUUACUCUGUACCACACGACAGCACACAAGGCAAGAUCAUCACCAUCCGCAAUGCAAACAAGACUCACUCUAACGGCGGGGGAAAUGGUUCAGACAGUGAGGCAGACAGCAGCUCGCUGGAGCGCAGGCGUAAAUUGUCCGCUCUGGGGGUGAAGCCAAGACUCUAUCGUGACCGUUCCAAACGCCUUGGCAAGUUCAGUAGCUUCCGCACUAGCUUCAUUGGUAGUGAUGAUGAGCUGGGAGGCCCACCCAAGGCCAAAGAGGAUGAGCUUGGGGCGCAAAAAGGGGACAAUUCCCUGAAUGAGGAAGGUGAAGAUCCAAAGAGAAGGAAUAUUCUGAGGAGUCUAAGGAGACCUACCAAGAAAAGACCAAAGCCCCGUCAGUCCAUCUCCAAACCUCUGGAAAGCAACUACUUUGGAGUCCCAUUGGCCAGCGUGGUGUCGCCGGAACGACCAAUCCCUCUCUUUAUUGACAAGUGCAUCCGUUACAUCGAGGCCACAGGGCUGGGUACCGAGGGAAUCUACAGGGUGAGUGGAAACAAGGCAGAGAUGGAGAGCAUGCAGAGGCAGUUUGACCAGGACCAUAACUUGGACCUGGUGGAAAAGGACUUCACUGUGAACACAGUAGCAGGUGCCAUGAAGAGCUUCUUCUCUGAGCUUCCUGAGCCUCUGGUACCCUACAGUAUGCAGAUUGAUCUGGUGGAGGCCUUCAAGAUCAAUGAUCGGGAGCAGCGCCUCCACACCAUGAAGGACGUGCUGCGGAGGUUCCCCCGAGAAAACUACGAAGUCUUCAAAUACGUCAUCACCCAUCUGAACAAAGUGAGCCAAAACAGCAAGGUGAAUCUGAUGACUAGCGAUAAUCUGUCCAUCUGUUUCUGGCCCACGCUGAUGCGACCGGACUUCACCACUAUGGACGCGUUGACCGCCACCCGCACCUACCAGACAAUCAUCGAAACCUUCAUCUACCAGUGUGCUUUCUUCUUCUACAAUCAACCUCUGGCCGACACCCCCAGCGGACUCUCCGGGCUGCCCGCCUCCCCCACCGCCACCCUCUCCUCCUCCUCCGCCACGGGCUCCUCCGCCUACGCCUCCUGCUACGCCCCGCCCCAGCCGGUGACCGCGCCUUUCGGCCCCGCCCAGCAGUCUCCGCCCCACUCGCCGCCCCCCACCCCUCAGUCCCCCAUCCAGAACUUGCUCCCGCCGUUGCAUCCCCACCAAGCCCCCGCAGAACAACACUCGCUGUGAAGGAGGGAGAGGGAGAGGCGGUGAUGGGGAUGGAGGGUGGAGGGUGGAGGGUGGAGGGUUGGGUUAGGGUAGUUAGGAUUACGAUAAUGAAACAGGGAGGAACGAUUUAACGGAUAAAGUGAAAGUGAGUGAGAGUUGGGUGUAGAGAGAGAGAGAGAGAGAGUUUAAAUGAAGAAAAGAAGAGUUUGCACGUUCAGGUCAGUCAUUCCGACCGUCGUUUUUUUUCUGAAGCGUGUGCCUGAACUGCGUCAUUAAACAAAGCGAACAGAGAAAAUGGAGAAGAGAGAGAGACAGACAAAAAGAGAGAGAGACAGACAAAA